GGGGGGGGGGGGGGAAAAAAGACACUUUUUUGAAUACGAUUGAAGAUAUGAGACUGGAGAUCAAGGUUCGCCGUUGCAAUCUUCUAAGCAGAGCCAUACUCCGGCCUCAUCUCACAAUUCCUCCAUUCUGUCGAGAUCUCAUUCUCCAUGAGCAACCCAGCCGUGGCUCUAUGGCUUCAAGAGAUCGCCGCCGCGAAAGCCAAGGCCCAAGCCAAAACCACCCCGGCGACUGACACAGCAACAAAGGCCCAGCAGCAGGAGCAACCACCUCACGGAACCUCCGAGGACACAACACCUACGACCACGCCCACGAUCACGACCAAACAUGCUCAGCCAACAUACGGGAUCAUCUCAUCCUACAACCUACGAACACGAAAAAAGCAGCUCCACUUGGUCUUGCCUCCAGAACCGAUCAAGCCCGGACCGGGCGAAUGCUGCGGGAACGACUGUGUACCCUGUGUGAAUACGCUCUACUGGGAGGACAUGGUCGCCUACCGAGAGCGCGUCAAGAAGUUGAGAGCACAGUAUGAGGAUGCCUGUCGUGCGCUCGAAUCCGGAAACGAUCUCGACGGAUGCGCUGGCUCCACAGGAGUGGAAGGCGACGAUCACCGAAAAGAUCGCGAGGAAGAAAAUGAGGACGGAGGACUGAGUAUUCGAUCGUAUCGAGCAUUCAAGAUCCUCAGGAAGACUCUCCUCACCGACAACACACUCCUCAUCGUCUGCGAUCUCCCGUACCCUUCACCACCACCAUCCAAGACGAUCACGGCCUCAAUUCAAGACGGACAACACGAUCAUUAUCUUGAACAUCGUGCUCGGGGGAGUGGAAACCCGAUAAACAGUAUGUUCCAUAUCCUGAUCCGCUUCCAGCACGGGGACCAGUUCCUGACCAAGGCCUUCACACCCAUCGAUCUGUCCCACUCUUCCUUAGCCGACACUGGUACUGGUACUGGCAUCCAUAACAACAAGAUGGCAUUCAUGGUGAAGUUGUACCCAUCUCCGCAUCUGACCUCUGAGCUGUUCCGGGCCUUGACGGUCUACGACCCCAAAAGCGAAGACCCCGAUCAGCGAGGGGUCUUGUACUUGCGUGGACCUAUUCUCACAACCCAAGAUCGACGCCAGAACCGCGACCAGGAGUUGGUCAUGGAGGCACAGGCAAGGGCAGAGGCACAGGCAGAGGCAGAGGCAGAGGCAGAGGCAGAAGCAGAGGCAGAGGCAGAGGCGAAGGCGAAGGCGAAGGCAAAGGCAAAGGCAAAGGGGCGAGAAAGGAUUGUGAUGAUUGCAGCAGGAUCGGGGAUUACGCCCAUGUACCAGGUGCUCAGAGCUGUGCAUCACCAACAACAGCAAGAUCACCACCAUCAGGAACAGGAGCAAGCGCAGCGGGGAGAGGAAGCCACAGAGACAGAGACAGAACUAGAUCUGAUUUAUUGUAACAGGACAUCGGAUGAGAUCUGGUUACGCCAAGAACUGGAGGAGUUCUCUUUCCACUCAGACAGGGACGACCAUUCCAGGCCAACAAUAGCAACGGCAACGACGACUACAGAGAUUCAGGAGAGAAGACAGUUGAUCAGGAAGAGAAGAGUCCGUAUCCAACAUGUGUUGUCCUCUUCUACAGCGCAUCAUCAUCACUAUCAUCAUCAUCAUGAUAGUGAAGAUACAGCCGAUCGACCUGGGUUGGGACGGACCCAUACAGGAAGUCGGAUCACGCUGGAGCUGGUACGGGAUGUACUGCUACAAGGACGCCUAAACGAUGCACAGGAUAACGAUAACAAUAACGAUGCCGACGGCGGACCCAAUCCAGACGCGAGGACGGAUCCAAUUGAAAGGGAGUACCUACGGAUUCUGGUCUGUGGACCUCCUUCCUUUAAUGAAGAUGUCUCCAAAAUGUUGAAUCAACUCGGAUACCGAGAUUCAGAGACGUGUGAAGUACAUAUCUUGGAAUAAAAAAAAAAAAACAACAGCUAGC